AUCAUAGCUGCAACUAAAAUAACAAUGGCCUCCUCCGUAAGACAGAGUGUUUUAAUAUUGACAACUAAAGUGUACCGGCCUUUGUUAAGAUGUUGUUCAUCGUUACCCACACUAAAAACUGUUCAAAAUGCAAGCGAAAUUUCCACAGAGAAGUCAACUGCUGAGCCUGGUGGGUUUGCGAAAGCAUUUGCAAAGUACCCAAGAAGCAAGUACAGAGGCAGAGCCUAAGGAAGUUCAUCCUCCCAAAACAUUCGUCUCUCUCUUGAGGAAUUCUAAACUGAUGCAGCUUGGAGACCCACAAGGCAAGGUGGUAGAAGGUACAAUCUUUCAUGUAGUUGCGGAUGACCUGUACAUUGACUUUGGCAGCAAAUUUUACUGUGUUUGCCCUCGACCUCAAAGAAAUUCAGAAAAUUUUGUGAGAGGAGCCAGAGUUCGCCUUCGUCUACAAGAGCUCGAGCUGUCUACACGCUUUUUGGGAUCAUCCACAGAUAUGACUUUACUGGAAGCAGAUGCAACACUUUUGGGUUUAAUUCGCAUGCCAAAAAAAUUUGAAGCCCAGAAAUAGUGUACAAUAUACUGAUUUCCAUAUUUCAUAAUCUUUAGCUAAUCAUAUUUUAUACAGUACAGUAUGGUACUUGUCUUUUAGUUAUGUAAUAUAGUCAUGUAAAUACUUUAUACAGUAUUGAUAAUAUGAAUGUGAAGAGUGUUUUUUUUAUAUUGAAAUAUUAGUAAUAAAUUAGUACUAUAAAUGCU